UACUUUCAGUCUAUGUGUAGAUGGGCUCGAUCGAACAGGGAGCAAGCAAUAUUAUCAGUUCCACGGGAAAGAAGCUCUAGAAGACAAGAUAAGAGCAGCUGGCGCAUCUCCAUCGUGUGGUCGGGUUCAGCAGCUCUCGGAAAACAGAGAAAGGGGGUUGUCUUAUCACCGCGUGGUGUUCUAGAAUCGACACUUUUUUAGGGGAAGAACUAUUUUGGGGAAAACUGGCGACCCUUUGGACCAAACAGGAACGCGUUCACAGAACUCGCUGGGAACAAUAGCGAUUGUAAACAUUGAACCGAAGUGAAUUCGUGUCGGUUAAAAACUCGUUGGGCUACUACGAUCCACCCUUCAGGGAGAAGAUCAGCGAUCCAGUUUUUUGCUAGGGGAAAAGUUCAUAUAACGCCCCAUGUGGCUAAUACGCGCCACUCUUGUUCUGAAGAAUCUGAAACAUUUUAAGCCUGCAAAAUAUUACCAAUUUGUUUUAAAUGCUGUGAUUGGUCAUGGCAAGUAUGAAUUUUUCCUUAAAAUGCCCCUGUGUCGUGAUAAUUUCACAAUUUAGGUUUUUCUUCAUUUCGAUCUAAAUUUUAAAACACUUUUAAUAAGGUGUCACCAAGCAGAAAAACACGAAUAAGACAAUAUUUUCUGACACAUCGAUAGAGGAGAAUCUAAAUUAUGAUUUUAUGCUAAAAAAUCAUACUGAACUCGCUAAGUCAAAGUGUCUGUAAGUAUUGGUGUGUUUUCGGUCUUCGGCUGCUUUCGGGUGUGUUCGGCUGCUAGGCGCGUAUUGAAUACACAGCGGCGCGUAUUCGCAACACAGUUUUGUUCUGUGGCUUUGAACAUGGUUUUUAAAAAUCACGUUUUUGAAGAAACUAUGGUAAUUUGAGUAAUGAAAAAUCAUAGGAAUUUGUAGAAAACACUUUUCUUCAACGAUUACACCCAUUUUAAACACAAUUUGUACGUGGAAUACAUAGAAAAUCAGCGAUUCGCUUAGGUGGCGCAUAAUAGGGCAUGUUCCCCUACUGUUUUUGUUUUGAGUUUGGGGCGUAGAUUUUGACAGGCAGUGACCCCCCUCGUGUCCCCAGAUAUUGACAUCCAAAUCGCUGGAGCUCUGUUUACAAACAGAACAAACACUUCAUUGGAAACAGCCCGGGAACAAUGGUUUCCAUUCAUCGGUCGUUCUUGGACAGUUAUCGAAUAACGCAUUGCAGGCUAGCUGUUAUUAUUCUUAUUAUUGCCCCCGCCGGUAUCGGAAGAAUUAGUUUACCAAAACAUAUCGGCCGGCUAGAAGAAGAUAACGGCGGUGCGCGACUAUUGGACAAACUGAAAAACUACGCAUUUACAAAAGUUUCGGCGCAUCCGGGAACUAGACAGAAACUGAUCGUUGGCCUGCCGCGAGUUAUAAAGUGAUUUUCGCGGGUGUAAUCGCGGUCUGAUACAAACUAAUCAAAUUGUUAUUGGAAGUGAGUUGGAAAGUCAUCCUGUACCCAUUAUCAAAGGAAGAAGAAGAAUUUAGCAUCAGCAAAACUGACUGGAAGGCUGUGACGCUUCAAGCACAUGACCAGCUAAAUAGCUUGCUGCUGUACUGCCCGAGCCUAGCAUCGUCGCCAAACUGAUAGGGAACGGCGUGAAGCACUCGCCUUUUAAAUCUCCAGCCUGGGCUAGCACACUUUAGCAAAAUCCCCUAUCUGGACUGGAUGGUUGCUUGCCCGCGGAGCUUUGCCUAAUUGCCUUAUCAGUUAGCUCUUUUUUCUGCUUCAAACGGCAACUACUACUACGACUAAAUAGUAUUAUUGCCGGUUGGUGUUGUUGUUAUUGUUACAUUAGUACAUUUUGUUUCGCUCCUAAUGAGCUGAUAGUGAGCAGAGAGCCUGAAAAAGUAAACACCAUCGUGAGUUCGGUAACGGUUGCAUCCUUCACGUCCUAUACCCCAUAGCUGAGCUGCAAGAGUUGCGCCGAUCGGCUUUCCGGCAGUGGCGGCGCGCCCCGGUAAAGGGGUGAAUGGAAUUCGCCAUCAUGAGAAUCCGAAUAAGUCUGUUACGGAUUGAUGAGCAGAGGCUAGACCAGCCAAGGCAAGAUUUCAAUGAAAGGAUGCAGCAAAAGUUUCAUUCUGGCACGCUGGCAGCCAAGUAUUCGUAUCAUCAGCGAUACCACCACGCGGCCGAUUUCAACACCACCAAUAGCAUGGGGUACGGUUUGGUGCCACCGUUGAAGAAACCUUUGGAGGACGAAGACGACGAGUUUAUCGAUGUGAUCGGCGAUGGGGACAACCCGACGAUGAUGGGAGAACCCCCUCAACAACUGGUGAUAAGCAAGAUGGCCGCCCCGCCCAAAAUAUACUACGACCAAAUCGAGAAGGAGUCCAGCGACGGAGGAUUCUUCGAUCGGGAGGGCGAAGAACUGGACGAGGAUGAGGACGAACGGAACGAUCUGGUGAUUGAAUGCGAUCUCGACGCAAGUGUCGGUUCGGAUCGAAAAAGUGAAGUUCAGAAGGUGCAGAAGGUUCAGAACCAGAAGGUGGCGGUGCGGGAGAAUUUCGACGACUCAGACAUCGUGUUUAAUUUUACUCUGGUGGACACUCAGCUGAUUCCAAAUGAGCCAACAAUUCUGAAAAAGACCCCCGAGAAACAUCGACCAAAACAAGAAGAUGCAGAGAAAAACAGAACGCCAAAGACUCACAUCAAAGACAACGGCUUUGAGGUGCAAGUGAUUUCACCAAAUCCAAAAGCCCACGCUGGAAGAGAGCUUCACCUCAUAGGACAUAAUAAUAACGUUAUAAGUAAUAGUAAAAGUUCUAAUGACAAUUAUUGUGGCAUUGUUAGCAGUAGUAGUAGUAGUAACAAUAUAAGUAACAGUAAACUAAGGGAACACUUACGAGUGCAUCCGUAUCAGGAGUCGUUGGCCAGGCGGAGAAGCGAAGCCUCCUUACCUCAACAACCACCUAGAGAAGUUCCGAUAUCAAUGGUCUAUUAUCAGCAUCCCCAAUCAUCCCACGUUUCCAUGACAGGAUACAGUAGUAGAACGCCGCCAGUAGUGCAGCCAGCAACUCAAAUUGGAAACAGACACAGAUCGUCAGCAUUCGUCGCUCCGAAAAUCUCCCCGGACUUACAUCCUCAGUCGGUUCCACUGAAAGCUACCAUUAGCAAUACCCAUCGUGGUCGCCAAGAGUUUUCACAUUCCUCUACGACAACAACUCCGCACAACGAGUUCGCUAAAGUUGCACCCAAAAGUGCUGAAGCCCUCUCUCCAGAGAACAAGGAAGCACUGAUCUGUGGACGAAUCGCCCAAGCGGUAGGACGAAAAAGGACCAGGCGCUCACCUUACUACGAUCUGCGGUCCCCAAAAACACCGAGGGCACCGGUAUUUCUGCCUCCGCAGUUUGGAUUCGGAACUGCGGCCUUACAGCAUCUGUACAACAGCGAACAACCGUUGGAUUAUUCGAAGAAUUCGCCACUUUUUCGGGAGAAAUAUUCCGGUGGUGGUCAACAGAGUCAACGAUCAUUUUUGCAGUCUUUUGUGGAUGUUCCUAAAGCUCCAAAACCUCCGAAGGCUGCGAUUCGACCCCAGGUCGUUCCCAUUCAGAAACAUCCCACCUUGUAUAGAAUAACGGAUAACCUGUUGAGUUCACCGAUCAGGCCUCAACUGUAUCAGCGAGAGUAUUCGAUAGAAGAUACUGCUAUGAAACAAAACUCCUCAAUUCCUCGGAAUAAUCUUAGGGAAGCUGCCUUGAAGCAGGUGGAUCAGUACAGUCCAACUAAAAAUUUCGAUCAAUGCCUGCAGAUGAUGAAGGACUCGCCAGUCUUAACGGGUGUAAUUCGGACUACGGGCAAACCCUCUCUGCAUAAUUUGAACCUAGAACCUAGAAUAAGCAAUACUCCUCAACGACUCCCUGAAACUCCUGUUCCGGUAGCUCAACCGCAACUUCCCAAUCCUGCUCCUACGACGAAUCAACAAUUACAACAACCCAACCCACCUAUCAGCCAACCUCUGAUCCCGUACCCAUCGCCUCGUAGGAGAUUCCUCAUCGACAUCCGCCACGAAAUUGAUGAGUUCCUAAACUAUCGACAUCAGGAGAUCUGCGGCACCCUAAGGUUGUUCACCGAAAAACGUGCCAUCACUCUGGACCAGCUGUUCGAGCGUCUGGACCUGCUCAAAAUCGAUUUGCGGCGAGAUUACUUCAAGCUCGCAACGAACAUGAUCCGCCGGCACGGGUAUCGCUUUAAGCCGGACCUCAAACCGCAAACGCUGGAGUAUCGACUUCCGGAACGACCGCAACUCUUCUGGGAUUACUUCCGCGGUAUCAAGAGCUCUCUGAUAGCAGGGCGGGCCAAACGCGAGACCCUGCCCACCUAUGCCCUGGUCGUGCGGGCCCUCCUCGAUCAGUACAAGGAUUCCCUCAAACAUUUCCUGUGCGCAAACCUCGUCGAGGAACACCCCAUUCAACGGGUUGUGCCCCUAGAACGGCGUCAGUUCUAAAACAAACGACCGCUAAACUCUAACCUUAGAAACUAUGAAGUUAGCUUAUAAAUCGAAACUGUGCCAUACACUCUCGACUCCUCGAAUAGCGGAUUAUGAUUAUGUGAAUUCAAAUGUGCCUUGCAAUCGAUUUAAGACGACAAACAUCAACCUCUCAGAAACAAUAAUACCCAAAAACAAAGUCAAAGUCAAAAUUUCGCAUUAAAUAGUUAAGAAAAGUAUAUCGCCUCGGUAUGUAUAGCUUUCUAGUGACGCUUAGAAUUAGCGUGGAUGUGAUUUUAACUCGAUAAGUAGAAAAUGUUACACCUAAGGGAAUUUUAAGACACUAGAUAAGCAAACUAGUCGUUAUACGAACACCCGCUAAGACCAUCCGCCAUUUCGUGAUGGUGACUCACUUAAAUGAUACCUACCUACUGUAGUAGUUCUUACGCGGUUCUGUAUUACACAGUUAGCAAUACAUACGCGUGAUUUAAGAAACGCCAUUUUUGGGCCCGGUUACAGGGAAACAGAUCAAGACUGUUGCUUAGAUUCGCGUGACCCGAUAUAGGCUUAUAUCCUUCUCAUCAAAUACAUGUGCU